AUGAGUACAUUGGAAGAAAUUUUGUUUAAACAAAACCAAGUUAUGCGCUCGAUCGAACGUGCACUUACCAAUUAUAAAAAGCUGGGUCAAGCUAAAAUGACUCCAGCUACCACCCGGAACCGGAUGAACAUGCUAAAAGAGGCAUACCAACAGUGCCAAGACCUGGACGCGAAAAUCGUCGCCAUGGCGGAUCUACAAGCCAGAUCAACUCUUCAGUACUUCGUCGACAACCAUUUCGAAAGAUGUGAGGAGUGCUAUCAGGAGUCCCUGGACUACAUGUCGGAGAUCCUGGAUAAGACAUCCUCGACCCAGGAGACAGUAUCCGAGAAAGGGAAUCUUCAACCAGUGAAGCUACGCUCGCAAUCGUUGCUGCCUCAAAUCCAGCUGCCGUCUUUUGAUGGAACCUUCGAACAAUGGGAGAGUUUCCGAGAUAAGUUUCAAUCUAUAGUAAUUAAUGAUAAUUCUUUGUCAAAUGUUGAGCGUUUGCAUUUUCUUUGUUCCGCUUUAACCGGCGACGCAAAAAAAGCGGUUAAUCAUUUACCUACCACCGAUGCAAAUUUCGAGGUCGCGUGGCAGUUAGUUAAAAAUAGAUACGAAAACAAACGCCGGUUACUUUCGACCUAUUUAAAUAAUUUGUUUUCGUUACCGCAAGUGACCUCUGAAUCUGCGAAAGAGCUCCGCAGUUUACGCGAUCAGUUAAACGUUUCGAUACACGGUUUGAAAAAUUUGAAACGACCCGUCGAACAUUGGGACGACGUAAUUGUUUUCCUCGGUACACAAAAACUUGACCGUUCCUCCCGAAAGGCGUGGGAGUUACAAUUCGGUGAUACAUCAGAAUUGUCUACUUAUGUCGAAUUCGACAAGUUUUUGGAGGCUCGAGUUCGGGCUUUAGAGUCAAUGUCGCCAAUAAAAACUGAUAAACCGGAAAACGUAACUGUUAAAUCAAAACCGAAAACAAUUUCAACGAACACGUCUACCGUGUCGCCAAUUAUAUGUCCUGUAUGUAAACAGAACCACUUGUUAUAUCAAUGUCAAACAUUUCAGGAGCUUGAGCCAUCCGAACGGUUUAAAUUAAUUAAAUCCCAACGAAGAUGCGUUAAUUGUUUUUCCGCGAAGCAUGCGAAAGAACAAUGCCACAGUCAAAGAAGCUGUAAAGAAUGUAAACAGCGACAUCACACUCUGUUGCAUUUUCCGAUAAAACCGGAGCAGUCCAGCGUGAGUCAGUCAAAUCAGACGUCGGCUACCAAUCCGAAUUCAGAACUUGAAAUCAGCUCGAAUUCUGCGUCGCGAACGAAAACUAAUACCGGCAUUCUUCUUUCAACAGCUCGCAUCCGAGUGCACUCAGUGCAGGGUCGAACAGUACAAGCACGCGCAUUAUUGGAUCAAGGGUCAGUCGCAACUCUAAUAUCAGAGAACCUAGCCCAAAUUUUGCGACUCCCGAGAAACAAACAAAAUACAUGCAUAACCGGAAUAGGAGGAAUACAGUCGUGGGCUAAUCACACCGCUCGCAUCACGAUUACUCCGUUGGUAAGAACCGAGCCUGUAUACUCGACAACUGCUAUUAUUUUGAAAACUUUAACACAAUACACUCCAAAACGACAUUCUUCCGUAACUAAUUGGAAUCAUAUUGCAGGACUUGAAUUGGCCGAUACAGACCCCAUGAGCUCAGAUCCGAUCGAUAUCGUUAUCGGUGCGGAUUUGUUUGGUCAAUUAUUAUUGGACGGAGUUCGGAAAGGUUCUACAAGUGAACCGAUCGCGCAAAAUACACACCUGGGAUGGAUCCUAUCUGGUCCUACGUCCACUCAUCCUCUUCCUUUCUUUAUAGAUGCCCAUCACGCUACGUUGCUAGAAAAUCUCGAUGCAGAUCUUCGCCGCUUCUGGGAAGUGGAAAAUAUCCCAACUCAAUCAGUGCUCUCACCUGAGGAAGAAAAAUGUGAAUUACACUUUCAAUCCUCUCAUACUCGUACGUCGGAAGGGCGUUACAUAGUUCGACUCCCGUUCAAGAGCGAACCCCCUAUAGAUUUAGGCGAAUCUCGUUUUGCCGCGAUGAAAAGUCUUCUCUCUCUUGAAAGACGCUUUAAAAGCGACCAAGUAAAUACCGAAACUUAUAAAGAAUUCCUCUCAGAAUACGAAGCCUUAGGCCAUAUGGAAAGGGUUCCAACUGUCCCGGUUCAAACAACCAACCAAAUUUAUUAUAUUCCUCAUCACGCAGUUCUUCGCGAAAGUAGUUCGACAACUCGUCUUCGCGUCGUAUUUAACGCUUCCCGCCGAACUUCAAACGGCACUUCUCUAAAUGAUCAUCUUUUAACUGGACCCAAGCUCCAAACCGAUCUAAUUGCAAUCCUCCUCCGGUGGAGAGGAUUCCGGUUUGUAUAUACCACUGACAUCGAGAAAAUGUACCGUCAGAUUUUAGUUGAUACACGAGAUACAGAUUUUCAACGCAUUUUAUGGCGUCCCUCGUCGCAACAGUCCGUUGAGGAGUAUCAACUCUGUACCGUCACGUAUGGCACUAAAUCAGCUCCUUAUCAAGCUCUUCGCGUUUUAAAUCAGCUGGCAGUGGACGAAGGUCAUCAAUAUCCUCUAGCUCUUCCAGUAUUAAAGGAUCAAACUUAUGUCGACGACUGUCUCUUCGGAUCAGACGACAAAGAUCUCUUGCGAACAAUCCGCGACCAGACCAUAAACCUGUUAAACAAAGGCGGCUUUCGUUUACGAAAAUGGGCCAGUAAUGAUCCAACUCUGUUAAUUGAUAUCGAUCCGCGCGAUCACGGUCUUGCGAAAAAUAAACUCCUUAAGAUCGAGGAGACCUGCUCAGUUUUAGGCUUAGAAUGGAAUCCAGUGCUCGAUCACUUUCAAUUUCGAGCUACCAUUUCUUCGAAUUUUGCCAAUACGAAACGCACAAUUCUCUCUCAAAUUGCAAAACUUUUUGACCCGAUGGGGUUGUUAACUCCAGUCGUUAUACCCGCGAAAGUGUUUAUGCAAAAAUUAUGGUCACUACAAUAUGAUUGGGAUGACAUUCUUCCUAACGAGGUUCUCCUAGAAUGGCAAGAUUACUACACUCAUUUACCAGAUUUAAAUAAGAUCACGAUUCCUCGCCAAAUAGCCAAUGGCAUCGCGCUACAUCAGGAAAUCCACGGAUUCGCCGAUGCAUCCACUAAAGCCUACGCAGCUUCGGUUUAUAUAAAAAGCGUCCUCCCAGAUGACAAUGUCUUCGUGGCGCUUCUCGUUGCAAAAUCACGAGUAGCUCCCGUUAAAACAUUAAGCGUACCGAGAUUAGAAUUAUGUGCAGCGGCAUUGUUGGCACGUCUUGUCGUUUUUGUGGAAAAUUCCUUGUCGCUCAUCCAUCACAAUAUCCACUGUUGGACUGAUUCAAGCAUCACCCUCGCCUGGCUUAGCCAACCUCCGACUCGUUGGAAGACUUUUGUCGCCAAUCGAGUGUCGAAAAUUCAGUCUCUUUUACCGAAAGCGCAGUGGCAUCAUGUUCCAACAAAUAGCAAUCCUGCUGAUUGUGCAACCCGCGGUCUAACGCCAUCGGAAUUAAAAAUCCAUUCCAUGUGGUGGUCAGGACCUUCAUGGUUAAAACAAGGCGAAGAACGUUGGCCAAAACCCAAUAUCAGAAUAGUCGAUUCGCAUGAGGAGGAGAAAAUUCCAAAAUUAUUGUCUGCAGUUUCGACUACGGAUCCCUGGGAUUUACCCACGCGAUACUCAUCCUGGUCGAAACUACUUCGAGUGACGGCUUACAUACUUCGUUUUACUUCUAACCUUCGCUUCCGACAUACGAAUAAAAUUAAAUUACAACUCACCAUUAAGUCACUAAUAGCAGUGCCUCCUCUUCAACCCGACGAGAUUCAGAGAGCAAAAUUCCUUUGGUUGAGAAGAAUGCAAUCCGAGCUAUUUCCGGAUGAGCUUAGUAGUCUGUCUGCGAAAAACACUCUCCUAAAAUCCAGCAAGUUACUUUCUCUUAACCCUAUCCUAGACCAAGACGGGCUUAUUAGGGCGAAAGGGCGACUUGCACACUCGCUAUUUCCUGAAAACACAAAGAAACCUAUUAUCCUAAGCUCCCAUCCACUACUAUCAUUGAUAAUAAAUCAUACGCACGUAAUCCAUCUGCACGCAGGUUCGCAACUCACUCUUGCCUGUUUGCGACGUGAGUACUGGAUCUUGCGAGCACGCACCACGAUACGAUCCGUUUUACAUAGGUGCGUACCAUGCGCUCGUCAUCGCGCAUCUGUUCCGUCUGAGCUCAUGGGAGAUUUACCGGCAUCCAGAGUCACUGCGGUAGAAAGACCAUUCAUAAAUACAGGUGUCGACUACGCAGGCCCGAUUCACGUUCGUACUACAUCGGGACGAGGACACAAAUCGCACAAAGCUUACAUUGCAGUUUUUGUUUGUAUGGCAACAAAGGCCGUCCAUUUAGAUCUCGUAAGCGACUAUACAUCAGCCGCAUUCCUAGCAGCUUAUACGAGAUUUGUGUCCCGACGCGGAAUUCCAAAAUCCAUGUAUUCAGACAAUGGAACGACCUUUCAAGGAGCAAACAAGGAACUUAGAAAAGCUCACCGAGAAUCUCUACGAGAUACCAAUCUCCAUAAUAAGCUCGCCGUGGAUGAGGUCGCUUGGCACUUUUUACCCCCAUCAGCACCUCAUUUUGGAGGGUUGUGGGAGGCAGCGGUGAAAAGUGUUAAACACCAUUUACGCCGAUCCAUCGGUACUCAUACACUCUCCUUUGAGGAAUUAACCACAGUACUGUGUCGUAUCGAAGCCGCAUUAAAUUCUCGUCCGCUCGUCGCCAUGUCUGAUUGCAUCGAUGAUUAUAACGCACUUACACCAGGUCAUUUCUUGAUUGGAUCGGCCUUAACCUCAAUUCCGGAACCAAGUGUACUACAAUUAAAAGAAAACCGACUGUCACGUUGGCAGUUAAUCCAACGAAUAACGGAAACUUUUUGGAAAGCGUGGCAUACCGAAUACUUACAUACUCUUCAUCAACGUCCGAAGUGGAGAGUCGCGCAAAAUCUCACAAAAAUCGGUCAGCUUGUCCUCUUGCGAAAUGAAUGCACUCCACCAGCACAAUGGGAAUUAGCACGCAUAAUAGAUUGUCACCCCGGUACCGACGGGAUAAUUCGCGUCGUAACCAUUAAAACAGCGAACUCAACGUACAAGCGACCCAUUUCGAAAUUAUGUUUCUUGCCGAUUGACAUUAAUGUCGAGUCUGACGCCCAACAAAGUUCUUGA